AUGGCUCAUGAAUCAAAAUCAAGGACGCCGAUCAAUCAUAGAGCACUGAGAAUAGUGGACUUUUUAGUUGUGUCGAAAUAUAUAUUCCAUCAUUUCUUAGGCCAAUUGCUUGCUUGUCUUCUUGUUUAUUUAUUUUAUACAACAGCAAAGUAUGCCAUUCAGUGCUCAGAAAAUACGGAUUGCCCAUCUUCUUCAACCUGCGGACCCAACAAGGUUUGUUGGUGUUCGGGUGACAGUGGACUGCGCACGAUAGCAAGUCCCAAAUGUAUUGAUCUAAAACAUCCCUGCGAAAACCUUCAAUUUCCACCUUGCCAUCCUGAUGCCGAUUGCCUAUAUGUCUCCAAGAAGAGUUUCUUUGGGUGCAAGUGUAAGAAGAAACUUUUUGGAGAUGGUCUGGAGUGCAAAAAGAAAGAAUCAGUGAAAACAACAACGUCGACAACGACUAGGGCAACGAGACCAACCCCUGUAACAAAAGAGUCAGAUCCUGAAGGUGUGAUCGGGCUUUUUGAGAAGAAAGCCGAGUCAAUCUACAACAAAGUACUCCAUCUGAUCAUGAAACAUUUGAAAUUUGUUAUUCUUGGAGGAGUUGGUUUUGUGCUGGUUUUGCUGGUUAUCACGUGCUGCUGUUGUAGGAGAUGUAUAAGGAAAAGGCGCGAAAAGAGACUUUUAGAUAGCCAGGACGAUGAAUCAUACUAUGAACAACAACAGUUUUCAAGUUAUCCCGCCCAGGAUCCACAUGGCAAUUAUUACAGGGAUACUCAAUACCAGGAUGUUCCAACAGAUGACUAUCUUGGUCCGUUUCCUUCCAUUCCAGAUGCACCCCUUCCCCCACCCCCUCCCGGAGGGGUGUUCGCACCACCCUCUGCAGCUGCACCACCCCCGGCAGCCGCACCUCCUCCCCCACCACCCCCUCCCCCUCCUCCUCUGUCUGCUGGAGGAUAUCGGCCAAAGGGACGUAAGACAGUUUCACAGUCAAGCUUUUAUUCCGAUGAUGAAAACUAAAAGUACAAAUUACGAUGACAGGAUAUCGCUAACAGGAGUUUUUGGUGAAAUGGUUCUUGAUGUAAAUUCCUACUAUAUGUUUUAUGCAACUUUCACAGAGGAGUUUCAACUUAAAUCUGGAUCAAGAAAUCCCUAACAUGAAGAAUCACUCUUCAGUCUUUUUCUUUUCGCACUUGUGUUUUCAAUCUGAGAACUUAUUUUGCUACACAAUUUUUUGUAUUACUUCAUUUGAUUACUGAACAAUAAAUAACUGAUAUUGUUUUGUAAA